CGGUCCACACACCACCGUGAGGAGGCAAGGAAUCUGUCUGGCUGUCGCAUGGCAGGGGUCCGAGUCACCAGCGUGGACUGGCAGCGGUCGGGGAACGGCGCUGCGCACCACACCCAGGAGUAUCCUUGCCCUGAGCUGGUGGUCCGCAGGGGCCAGCCGUUCCGCCUCACCCUGGAGCUGAGCGGAGACCUGGACAGCGAGGAGACCCUUAUCUUCACGGUGGAGACAGGGCCCAAGGCUUCCGAGGCCCUCCACACCAAAGCUGUGUUCCAGACGGCGGAGCUGGAGGUGGGCGAUGCCUGGACAGCAGUGAAGGAGUCGCAGACAGAGAGCAGCAUGAGUGUCAGCCUCGCCAGCCCUCCUGAUGCUGUCAUCGGCCGCUACCAGCUGAGCGCCAGGGCUUCCUCUCGCAGGAGGCACAGUGACCGGAAGCUGGGAGAGUUUGUUCUCCUUUUCAAUCCAUGGUGUCCAGAGGACGAUGUAUUUCUGGCCUCAGAGGAAGAGAGACAGGAGUACGUGCUCAACGACAGUGGCAUCAUAUUCCGAGGCGUGGAGAAGCACAUCCGAGCGCAGGGCUGGAACUACGGGCAGUUUGAGGAGGACAUCCUGGAUAUCUGUCUGUCCAUCCUGGAUCGAAGCCCCAGUCACCAAGAUGACCCAGCCACUGAUGUGUCCCACCGUCACAACCCCAUCUAUGUCACCAGGAUCAUCAGUGCCAUGGUGAACAGCAACAAUGACCGGGGUGUCGUGCAAGGACAGUGGCAGGGCAAAUAUGGCAGCGGCACCAGCCCACUGCACUGGCGCGGCAGCGUGGCCAUCCUGCAGAAAUGGUUCAAGAGCAGGUUCAAACCAGUCAAGUACGGCCAGUGCUGGGUCUUCGCUGGAGUCAUGUGCACAGUCCUCAGGUGCUUGGGGAUUGCGACACGAGUGGUGUCCAACUUCAACUCGGCCCACGACACUGACAAAAACCUGAGUGUGGACAAAUAUGUGGACUCCUUCGGGCGGACCCUGGAGGACCUGACAGAAGACAGCAUGUGGAAUUUCCAUGUCUGGAACGAGAGCUGGUUUGCCCGGCAGGACCUGGGCCCCUCUUACAAUGGCUGGCAGGUUCUGGAUGCCACACCCCAGGAAGAAAGCGAAGGUGUGUUCCAGUGUGGCCCCACCUCAGUCACUGCCAUCCGAGAGGGUGACGUGCACCUGGCCCACGAUGGCCCCUUCGUGUUUGCGGAGGUCAACGCUGACUACAUCACCUGGCUGUGGAAUGAGGACGAGAGCCGGGAGCGUGUGUACUCGGACACCAAGAAGAUUGGAAGGUGCAUCAGCACCAAGGCGGUGGGCAGUGACUCCCGUGUGGACAUCACAGGCCUCUACAAGUAUCCAGAAGGGUCCCGGAAGGAGAGGCAAGUGUACAGCAAGGCCGUGAAGAAGCUGUUUGGCGUGGAAGUCAGGGGGAGGAGGACGUGGAUCCGCAGGGCCGGCGGGCGGGGUCUCUGGCGUGAAGACCUCCUGGAGCCCGCCACCAAGCCCAGCAUCACCGGCAAGUUCAAGGUGCUGGAGCCGCCAGUGCUGGGUCACGACCUGCAGCUAGCUCUGUGCUUGACCAACCUCACUUCUCGGGCCCAGCGAGUCCAAGUCAAUUUGAGCGGCGCCACCAUCCUCUAUACCCGCAGGCCUGUGGCCGAGAUCCUGCACGAGUCCCACGCGGUGAAGCUGGGUCCGCAGGAAGAGAAGAAGAUUCCAGUAGCAAUAUCUUACUCUCAGUAUAAAGAAGACCUGACAGAAGAUAAGAAGAUACUAUUGGCUGCCAUGUGCUUUGUCUCCAAAGGAGAGAAGCUCCUGGUGGAGAAGGACAUUACCUUGGAGGACUUCAUCACCAUAAAGGUGCUGGGCCCAGCCACCGUGGGGGUGGCCAUUACAGUGGAAGUGACGGUGGUCAACCCCCUCUUGGAGAAAGUGGAGGAUGGUGUGCUGAUGGUGGAGGGCAGUGGCCUUCUCCAAGGACAGCUCAGCAUAGAGGUGCCCAGCCUGCAGCCCCAGGAGAAGGCCUUGGUCCAGUUCAACAUCACCCCGUCCAAGAGUGGCCCCAGGCAGCUUCAGGUGGACUUCGUCAGUCACCACUUCCCGGACAUCAAGGGCUUUGUGAUUGUUGACGUGGCCACAGCCAAAUGACAGACCCUCAGGGACUGAGGGGGAGCAUUCGGCCCCUGUUUUGCUCCUCGCCACCUUUCUGUGGGAGCCGAGAGGCCUGGGUCAGUCCUGCUUCA